AUGAUUCACAAAAAUGUAGUAUUUGGAAAUCAUAUCACAGCCAAUAAAUUGGAAAGAUUACUAAAAAAAUAAAAGAUAUUAUUGAAAUCUCCUCUAGAUUCAAAAUAAGAAACAAAAAAUAGAAAAAUCUGCAAGUCUAAAAGCUUCAGAUUUGAAAUUCAUCCUCAUGUUUUUUAGGUAAACCACACUUCUCCUUUUAAAAAUUAACCACUUUUAUAGAUACCUAUUGAUAAAAGUCCUAAUCGUCGUUCUUCUUUGAAACCUAAUUUAGAAGUUUUUUCAAGAAGUUAGAAAUCAAUGACAAGCUUAUAAUUGAAAAACACUAUUGUAGGUAACAAGUUGCAGAGGAGAUGGAGUAAUUAUGAAUUAAUAAGUGAAAAAUAAAAGCGUCUUAACAAUAAAGCUCCAAAAUCAGUAAUUAAAUAUCAAUAUCUUAUGACUGUAAAAGCGAAGAAAAAGAAAAUAUAAAGAAUGAAAAUGUAAUACAGUAAGUUAGUUUAAGUAUAUAGAGUUUUUGGGGAAAAAGAAUAAUAAAGUUAGAAAAACAAGAAGUAAAACAUUACCUUUAGAUCCUGUUGUAAAAAUGAGACAUAAAAGAGCAUAAACAGUUUAAGGAGAACAUUAUGAAGGACCUAUUAUUCCAUUAGAGAAUAGUUUAAUUAGAAAAAUUAUAAAAUUAAUAAUGACAAAGAAAGCAGCUGUUAAAAGAUAAACUUGUUUUUAAAUUCCAAAAAGAAGUAUGCUUCUUUCAAAAGAAAAAUUAAUUAGAUUUUAGGAAUAAAUAAAUGAAAAAUUAGUAUAAUAAUCAGAAUCAGAUAGUUAAAUGGAUGGAUCUCCUUGUUUAGAUUCAUUAAGAUCAUAUCAAAGAAGAGUUUAUUUUGAAGAGAAAUAAAAUUAAUUAAAAAUAAUAUCAAAAAAGAAGAAAAACCUUAUCAAAGCAUUAUAAAAUAAGCAUUCUUUUAAUAUAAUUAAUUCUUAUGUUUAAUAGAAGGUUAAAACUUAAAAUUCUUAAAAUUCUCUUCAUUAAAAGAGUACAUAACAAACCCUUUGUGAUUUUAUGUCCAAAUAAGGAGAUAGAAUGACAACAAUUCAUAGUGCACAUGAGCAACCUUAAAUUUAGUAGAAAACAAAACGAUCAAAAAUGUUAACUAAGCUCCUUCCUUAUUUACAACCUUAGAAAAAUUUUAAUAAAUGA